CUAUCAUAUGUAUCAAAAACCAUAAAUAAAAAUGGGAGUAUUCACAUUAAAAUAUCAACUUCCUUCUUAAUGCUGAUGCUAUUUAUGAUAAAUAAUCAAAUCAUAUCUGGCUUACUUUACAAGUAUAGCAAAGUUUCUUAUGGCUUUUAAUAUAUAUUUUUAGAAGUAUUACAAGUUUGUUCUUGUUAGCAAUAACAAUCAUCGUGUGCGGAAAUACUUAUAAAAAUGGAAUACUUUAAUCUACACGAUAUUAAUAUUGGUCUUAAAGAUAAAGAUGACGAAAGUCAUCCGUAUGCAAAUAAACUAGAUAUCGAUUGUUAUGAAACUUUAAAAGGAAAGAAUAUCGUUGAGACAAGUUUAGACGAACAUAUUUACGAUGACGCUGAGAAACAAGAUACUGUGUAUGAAAAUACAGGAAACGUUACAUCAGAUCCUACAAUGAGAUUGAAUACAAUGACUAGGCAAAGUGUGGAAAAUGAAUAUACAUCAUUUGAACCUAGAUCUGAGUCUACAUAUGAUACAAUUGAUAGGCAAGUAAAGGAGAGAGAAUCGGAAAUAUAUAGUACUAUUCCUAGAGAAGAUGAAAUUCUACGUCCUGAAAGCACUAUUGGUAUCUAUAGAAACCUGAAAUAUGUUCGGACUAAGAGGACAUCGUGUCUCAGAAGGCGGUGGAAAUUGCUGUUACUGUUAGCUAUUGUGUUGCUAGUCGCUAUAACAGGAGUAAUAAUAGCCGUGGUUCUUGUUACCAACGAAGAAGAAACAGUUGAAUUUACUGAAAAUUUCGAUUCUCCAAUGGACACAAUAGAUGGUUCAGGAUCGGGAGAAGGGCCGGAUGGUACAGAUGCUGUAUUGACACCAUUUGAUGAUUAAUCACAACAUAUCAGAAGUCAGUGCCGACAACAUGUUAAACGACUGAGGUGAAAAAGCCUUAAAACUUAAAAAUUUGAAUUGAUCAAGUGAAUUACUUAAAAUGGAAAAAAUUGCAAAGGAUAAUUAUGAAUAUACUCAGUUUAUAGUUGAUGCGAAUUUUAGCCCAAUUUGAAUGAAAAGCGUUGACACCAUUUUCAUUUUUUGGCCAUUUUGCACAUUAAUGCUUAUUUUGGAAAAACGGUGUGCGGGACUGAUCUGGAAAUUUGUACACAAAUUCAGACCUACAUCAAAUAGUACACAAAUCUCAGAAGUAUACAUUAUUGACCGCUGCGGAAAGGGAGUUAGCUGUCCUUCAAACUGCCUUGUUCAAUUUUAAAAAAUGUCAACCAGUACUCCUGAAAUGUUCGAAGCACCUUUUUCAAAAUUUAAAGGAGAACAUGAAGAUUUUAUCGAAAGUUACACUGGACCAGUUCUUUCACUCGUUGUAGUCCCUUUAAUAUACAUAAAUAUGCAACUAUAUGCGACUGUGAUAUAACAAGAAUGACUAUAAUAAAAGUAUAUUAAUCCAAGUAAAAAUGUAAAAUGUAUCAAAUAUAUGACUUGCUGCAAAUACGAUAUACAAUUGCGUCAGACACAAAAAGUACGAAUUUAGUUACACAUACAACACUAUUUUAUGAACCCCACGAAGCAAUAUACUUGCUAACAAAGUUUUUUUUCUUUUUAAAAUGUGUUUUUGGGAUUACUCUUAUGAACAUUUAGCAACAAAUUUGGAGCAUGCAUUCCAAAAUCAUGCCAGCAUCACAUCUUAAUUGCUACAUAUUAUUCUUGAUAACGGUUGAUGGUCACUAGCUUGUUUAAGACGUAUUCUUAAUGAACAUUAAACCACACUUGAGCACUUCCCAAAGAACAUAAAAUCACGCAUUGUACAUUCAAUGAAAGAAUAUUAUGACAGAACUAAUGUUCUUCGUUCAUACUAUGUGUUUCCAAGAAGAAAAUAAACAAAGCCUAUCAAUACUUUUUUGAGGCACCUUGCAUGUUGACAGCAAGUAACUUUGCAACAACUUUGAUAACAAAUAAUAUUUCAAUCAGAAAUAGUAUUUAAGUUUUCAAUUAACAUCUGCAUCCUUGUUUUAGACGGAAUCCCAAUAAAACAAAACUAGCUGAAGAUUUCAAAAUCCCUACAUUACUUCAACUAAAGUGAUAUGGGAUAAUUUAUACUGUAACAUAAAUAACCAUUAAUCUGCUCAAUUUGUUUAAUGGUUUUGUCCUGCACUGAAUUUGGAACAGUUUUAUCAAAGUUUAAAUGUUUUCAAUCUCAAAUUACAAAAUUAAAGCUAUCAAGAGUAUAGAGCCUGGUCAGAAUGUAUGGAUGUAUACGCUGGCCUGGCUGUAUACUGAUGGAAAAG